UACAUUUGGUCGGUUUCAUGGAGUCCGUCACCUACUUCCUCCGUCGAAUGGAAGUACAUUGUUUUAGUCAUAUACUUUUCCCCCUAACGUGGUAACUGGCGCUCAAACAUGCUUAACUUAAUGCAAUGUUCUCGCCCAUAUUAAUUUCAGAUAAUCUUAAGGGCGAAUCAUGGUAAAUACUGCUUAAUUACUGUGAUCACGAUUAAUUUAACUGACGCCCAGUUCCUAUAGUGUUUCACCUUACGGACAAUGUCCGAUGUCUUACGGGCGCUCAUCGGUUAGAAGAGAAACUAUGCCGUCAGGUUUUGCUACGGAUUACAGAGAUCAAGGGCAGGGCUACUAGAGUUGGUCCUUCUGCUCUGUUCCCGAAGAAGUACUUCUACAUAAUAAUAAUAUUAAUAAUAUUUUUUAAAAGUUAGGUGCGGAUCCAUUUUCUGUUCUUAGCGACCAGCCUCUUAAACCAAUUCUAUACGUCACCGACAGAAGCGACAGUACGACCGGUGGCGUGCAAAUAAACAAGAAGCGGGAACAUUUAUGUGCUGUGACCUCGACAGAAUGUGGAGUAUAAGGUGACUGAUGGGAAGCCCCUUCUAAAGUCCCUAACUCGAGAUCCUUGUCAACAGACAAUGGUUUGGUGUCAUGAGCGUGUUCAUCAGAUUAUGAGGGCUGAGCAGAGCGAGAGCGACGGAUAGCAUGGAGACCCCUUUCUAUCAUGAUGACAGCCCUGACCUUCCCCAGCUGGAAGCACUCCCACAAUAUCCAAGGCACCAGAGCCACAAGGUGAUGAAUAAGAGAAACAUGGCCGGUCAGAGUUUUCCUGCUGCUGUGGGUGGUUCCCCUGGACUGAAACUCUUGCAGGAGCAGCCGGCAGGUUCAGGCUCCGAUUGCAGGGCCAGUCCCACUGGUGUGGGCAUCAGCGGCGAUGCCAGCGGCCCUCUGCUGGCUGCGUCCGACAUGAGUCUCCUGAAGCUGGCAGGUCCUGACCUAGAGCAUCUCAUAAUUCACUCCCCCCAGGGCAGGGGAAGCAGCAGUCCUUACCUCUACCGUGGCCAGGUGACCAAUGAGCAAGAAGGCUUCGCUGAUGGGUUUGUAAAGGCUUUGGCCGACCUGCAUAAACAGAAUCAGCUGGUGGGGGCCCCCAUUUCUCCGUCACCCCCUGUUCAGGGUGCUUACCAGAGGGGUGUGGGUCUUACAGGGGAGAUGCCUGUAUACACCAAUCUUAGCAGCUACAGCCCUGCCCAGAUGUCGCAGUCUGCGCAGUACCCUCCCGGGCCCUUGGUUUACCCUGGCACUACACACAGCCGUGGCCCCGACGAGCCACAGACGGUCCCUGAGGUACCCCACCCGCCCGGGGACUCUGCUGGCCCCUCGCCGCCAGCAUUGUCGCCCGUCGACAUGGAGACGCAGGAACAGAUCAAGGCAGAGCGGAAGCGGCUGCGGAAUCGCAUCGCCGCCUCCAAGUGCCGCCGGCGCAAGCUAGAGCGCAUCUCACGCCUGGAGGAGAAGGUGCGCACGCUCAAGGGCCAGAACGCCGAGCUGGCCUCCACCGCCGGCCUGCUCCGCCAGCAGGUGGCGCAGCUCAAGCAGAAGGUGGCCAACCAUGUCACCAGCGGUUGCCAGAUCGCUGUGAGCUCUGCCUCGGCAGCCAAAAGCGGCGAGGCUUCCGGCUGCUGAGCCUGCUGGGUGGGUUAGCUGCAGGGGUGGGGGCGGGUCAGGGCUGCCCUUCCUGACUGAGACUUUGCACAUAACUUGGAAGGAAAGAAUGGGGAAACCAAACUGGAAUUACGCCCCACCCUUCAUUGAGGGCCAGGCCCAGGAGUUGCUAGGGUGGGACACACGGUGCCCUGUUGUCCUUUAACAGACUCUUUAUGGAUUUUUACCACCAGAUAGCAGUGGGCUGGUGACGCACUCAAAAUGAAAAAUGAGACUGGUAGAUCUAAGCUGGGCAUAUCCUGACAUAUUUAAAUUUAUCUAAGUAAAAUUUACUCAGAUAUUUCAUAGAUGCUUUGCGAUUUGCGUUUCCUUGGUAACUUUGACUGCGUGUGCAGUAUCCACAACUUGAGGACGCACCAUGGGAGUGUCUUGGAUAUAUUGCCAAAUGAACAACAUUUUCUUUUAAUGGCUUGAUGAUAGGUUUUCAAAAAAACUCUUCAUUUUUGUCUUUUAAAGACUUCUAAAGGUGUCUUUCAGAGUCAAUGAUGCCGCGUUGCUUUGCUUAGACCUAAUGGAAGUUUAUGGUUCAUGUGGUAUGUUCAUCUGCCAAGAAGCUAGUUUACUUUAUAGAAGUGUGUGUUUUUUUUCUGUCAAGCGUGAGUGGAUUUUAAAGGUGUCUUGGCACUCUCAGAGUGUGUGUACUGUAUUGUCCCUUAGUGUGUCUUGGCGAUGUAUAUUUACGAAAAUACAAAUACUGUAACUGUGGCAGUCAUUUGAAAAGGCUCAUUUAACUCUGAAAUGCUCUGUCAUAAACUCCGUGUGUACAGUCAAAACAAGUCGAGAUGUCAAUUUAGAUGGCACAGUUUGUUUCGCUUUGUGCCAUGCAGACCAAUUGGUAGAAAGUGGCUUUCAUAAACAUCCAGAAGAUGUGUAUAUAUGUACAAGUGUUUGUGUGUGUGUGUGUGUGUGUGAGAGAGAGAGAAUGAGAGAGAGAGAGAUUAAAGAAAAACAGCAUUGGGCCAUUGUCACUGGAUUACAUCUGGACUCUACUGGUCUGGGAUAAUUUUGUCAACUUCCAUGACUGAAAGAAUCAGGAAAAGGGCUUUCAAUCAGAAAUAUCUCAUUUGUUCUGCUUUAUAUUAGGAGAAUCUAAACUUGUAUUUCUGCAGAAAAGUUUUGCUUGUCAUCUGUCAAAGAAUGUGUUUGGUAGGAUGACAGGUCUUGCUGGGACUGAUGAAAUUGCACUUAUACAGAAUUUUAAUAUUUGUACAGUAUGCUCUGUAAUGAUCAGGUCCACAUAGACCAUGUACAGCAAAAAUGCUUAAUGGCUGUAAUACUACAAAUAUUUUGGGACAGUUACUUAGAGGAAUACUAUUUAAACACGCUUAUGGUGUUAUUACAGUUUGCUAAUAUGAGCUUAAAUGUAUUCUUUUGCAGCUGGGGACACAAAGAAAAGCUGCUUUGAGCACAGUGAUACCAAAAGCUAAAGGUCAGUUUGUGUGACGAGUAUCUUGUGCACGUAGUAAUAGUGAAAAUGCGAGAUGUUGACGAUCGCGAUGCUGACAGCCAGUGCAACUGGACGGCAAAAGAUGGACUGGCAGAGAGACCUGCCGAUGAAACACAGUAACGUUUCGACGGUCUGGAAGAAUAUAUUUAUUUUUUUGAAACUUGAAUACGGUCUAAAUGUUAUCUAACAAUUCUAUUUUUUUAUAUGAAUUGUGUAUUUUACAUUUCACAGUUCUCGUUUGAGAGAGAGCAAUAUGAAAGAUGAAGCUACCAGACCCGGUAGCUUAACUGUGGCAGUUGCAGACAACAUUUAUUUAUUACGGUUCUGUUUAAAGGGCUGUGCUCUAUGGCUACAGCUUUUGAAGACCUAUGACUUCCCUUGCCACUGGGGAAUAAUGCCGCAGUUAUUUGCAGUGGAGGUCCAGCUGAAACAUCGGAGUGCUUGUUUACGUUUUCUUCACUGCUGCGAUCAUGGCAUUUCCUUAGCUAGUCCACUUAUAUGAGCUAAGCUGGCUGCGUAUUCAGACUUUUUUGGCUAUCGAGUCUUGUUUUUUUUUUUUAUUGUUUUGUUUUUAAAAAGACAAUUUCCAAAGAAAAAAAUGACUUAGCGUGAUGCCAUUCCUGAGCAGAGCCCACAAUUCGUGGAUAGAGUGUAUGACAAGAAGGGAGAAGGUGAGUGCAGUGGUUUGACGGAAUUUUUUUUUAAGUAUGAACUCUGAGCCAUAUUGUUUCCCUUUAGAACAAAGCCAGCCGUCACUGACUAAUUUUGUUGUGAUAUGUUAAUACGUGAAUGUGGCCAGUAGUCUUGUGAAAACUCCUGCUUAAUUUAUUGGGUAUGAUCCAAUGCCCCACUGAAUUCAGAGGGACCGAAGGAAGUCUUUGUUUUGGGAUAUACCUGCAUUGACGGCGGGGACGUGAUGCUGUGCUGGUGCAGUUUUAGCAGUGGUUAUCAAUACUGCUGCUACAGUGCAUCUCCUUUGUUGAUUUUCCACGCCACCCCUAACUAACCCUAAUUUGGGAAGUUCAGGAAUUGACACUUAAGUCUGGUUGCCCUCUCCCCACCUUACACAUUGAAUUUUAUAUCUUUUUAUAUUAUAACAGAUAAUGAUGGAAUAUUGGGGAUUUUUCUGACCACGCUUGGUAACCACGAUCUCCGUCAGCUAGUAUCUGUCAUUCUAUCAGUGCAGACAAUGAGAACUUGUUCACGUAAAAACGGGACAUUUGAUACUACUUUCAUAGGUGGGGGGGGGGGGCUUGAUCCGUGUUUGUUUUUGUAUUUGUUCUGAGAAACUGAACAGUUGAAUUGAGUUGCUUUAAGUGUGUAUUCGCUAAAUAAUCAGUCCUGUUCCGAUAAGUUCUUUCUGACAUUGUGUUUGAUUAGCUGAGAUGACAUGUUAUAACGUGGCUGGCUGGCUCAUGUGUGGAUUUCGUUUGCAUACUGGGGCGUGUUGCAUCAUGCCAGUCUUCUUUGUGCAAGUUAAGAUGACAACUAAAAGUUUCUGACAAUUAUGUUGAGCACCUUUUACAUAACGUUGUGCAGUUUACGCUGGAUACAUUAAUGACAAAGUUGAACAUAUAAAGCAAGAAAAAAAAGUUUUAGCUUUUUUUAAAAAAAUAAAUAAAUAAAUAACAGUACUGCGACAGCUGUUGGGUUUGUGACCAAAGGUUUUUUGGCGAAAGUACCUUGAGUUUGUUACUAAACUUGAAUUGCUUUUGAAAAGAAUAUCCAAUUUUAUUAAUGGAUGGAAUUGCACAGUUAUAUUCUAAAGGUGUAUGCUGAUAUAAUGAUGUAUUAGUAAGUACCACACACUUUGAACAGAUUCAGGUUUACCCAUAUUUAAUUUUAUUAAGUCAACAGUAAACAUUGACUUUUAACUGAAGAGUGUCUUUCUUUGUACGGUUUUGUUUCAUCAUGUGUUUUGGUUUCAAAUGAUGUACAAUGAUAAAUGUUCACUGUUGGAUUGAAAUGACCAAUAAAAUUAAAUGAGUAGGUCCCAGUAAAAGGAACACUUGGUUGCCUGUAUUCCCACUACAACAGUAUUUCCCCUGCUAAACCGCCCCCAAGAGUUCGUCCAUUUUCAGUCUUGCAAGCUGUAAAAAAAAGUAUGUGAGGAAAGGUGAAGUAACAGACAUGGCCCUGCCAUAGGUACAAAAUAAUGGGUAGCACAGUAAAAGGUGUUUAUCUGACAGGACCUGUUCUGUAGUAAAUCAUGCUUUGUGUGAGGAAAGGGAUAGGUGCCAUACUGAAACGUGAGCCUGUAGAGAAAUAGGAUAACGGGCAGCAUGCUGAAAAGUGAACCAGAAAACGGUUAUCAAAGGUGGACUGGUACAGCUGAAGGAGAUGAGUUUUUGUGGUAAACUGCGCUCCUGUGAACGAGAGGGCGAGCAUCAUAAUUAACAACUGUCUGUGAGUUUGCGUCUGCCUGGAAGAGUACAGAAGACAGUGCUGGUUCUCCUGUUGGGUGUCUGCUUUCUGUAAUAAGCAGCAGAAGGGGAGACGUGAACUAGAGACACGAGCACGGAGGUCUCUGCAUGCUGCUUGUGUCUACACAAUGUGUAAUGUAUGCACAUUUCAAUUAUCCUUUGUGUAUCUCAUACAUCCACAGCACUGUAUUGUGAAAAUUGUGAACACGCAUAAAAACAUGAGGAAACUACGCUAUAUUUAUAUUUUACUGUAAGUAAAUACUGCAGAUACACACAUAUGUCAUAGUAUUGUUUAUAUAUAAACAUUAACGUGUUUGAUGAUGGCCUGGAAAAGCCCAGCUGCUAUUAAAUCUUGCCACUCAAAUGAGUACGGCUCAGUCCACCCUGGGUAUUUUCCUUGACACCAACAAGUGAAACAAGUGGAGUGGAAUCAGAACAGCACACUUUUUUGCCUCUGGGUUUUUUCCCAGGCGAUUUCCCCUUUAAGCCUGUUUUUCUCUCUGUUUCUCCCUGCGUGUGUGCAAGGUGGUUGGGGAUGACUAACUCCUGCAUCAGCCCACCUCCACGUUGCUCAGUAGAGGAGUAGGCCAAGCCCCUCCAGCAUGACUCAGUCACAGGAGGUGGGGGGCGGUGGGAGAUCUGCAGAGCAACAGCCUCAUUAAACUCUCUCAAUAUCCCUGUCAUAAGAUGGACUCUCUGUAGGUUUGGGCUACGCCGGUGUUUCUCAACCCGGUCCUCGGGGAUCCCCUCGAAACUCUUUUGCACCCUCCCAGCUCCUGGUGCAAAAACAUGGACUAUCUGGGAGUUUCCGAGUAUUGUGUUCAGAAUCACUCCCGGCUCCUGGUAGGGAACAAAAAUGUGGACCAUCUGGGGGUCCCUGAAGGCCGGGUUCAAAAACACUGAGCUACACAGACUGAAAAUACCAGACUGGAACUGCUAUUCCAGUCAGGGUACAUGCAGCAUCGCACAUUUCUUAGAUUUCAUGUUCUUCUGUGUCUUCGCGCUUAUGAUGAGCUUUCUUUCAAAAGCGGCACAAAAUGACGUAUUACAUAAAGCACGCCAUUUGUUUCUGGAGUCGCACUUAAAACUGAAAAUAUGGUCAAAGGACUGGAUUUGUAAGCGAGGCAGCAGCACCCUCAUAAUAUUUUCUAUGGGGUUGGUACACAGUGAUUCCUGCAUCCAGGAAUAUAGUCAGAUGUCAGAGCAGGGACGACAAUCACGAUACAGUAGUACGGCUUUAUUUAGGGACAUGGACACAAAGACUGUUGGACAGCAUACUGACACCCUGAUAUCUUGGAAUGGGUCGGCACCAAUAAGACAACAGCAAAAAUUUUAUCUUGUGUUUAUCCGUUUUCACUUUCAGCCAGUCUGGGUUAAUGGAUGACAUAAUACAGAAAAUUGCUAGGAUUAUUGAAUGGGUACAAAUCCAACAUUCAUUCAUUUAUUUUAUGGUUCUCUUCAUUUUUGUCGGCUCUGUGGGUAGUGCCAUUGCUUUGUAGGUCCAAAGUUUGGGAUUUGAAUCCACCACAGCAGUAUAUGGAGUUUGAAUGUGAAUUUCCUCUGGGUGAUUCGGUUUCCUUCCACCAUGCUGAUUGGAGUCCCUAAAUGUCCCUGUCAGAUCCAGGGUGUCCCCGUUCCUGGGUCCUUGCUGCCUGAUCUAGGCUCCUGACCAAGGUGGUUUAGUAGAUGGCUGAAUGAAAGGACAAUUUACGAUCAGUUACUACUUAUUUACUUCCUUCCAGAAACACUGGCCAUUUUUUUAAAAUCAGACUUAUAUCACAGCUUACAAAACUUACUGACUUCCCCAAUGCCGAAUGUUAUACCAGUACAGGAGCCGGGCAUCCAAUCAUAAUGGCUAGAGCAAACUGAAAUUAUUCGGGUCCUGUGCCAUGUAUGUUUUUUUUUUCUUUCAUUUUUUUGCAGUUAUAAGAAGCAUACAGUAUACGGCGUCAUUGUUGGGUUAAUCUGACACUAGGCUAAAACCAAUGGAAGAUUUUAACCUUACACCAGUUUUGGUACACAGUUAUUAUUUCCUUCAAUCCCCAAAGAAUCUGAUACGUUUCUGCCUUAUGAUGACAUAAAGAAAAUGUAAUACCUGAAAAUAAAUAUUACGCUAGCAAUGGGUUGUGAAUAUAGUAUGGCCAAAAUCUCCAGCUACAGUUGUUCUACAGGUUUUGUGUGAGACAUUUUAUGCCAAGGCUUUAUAUAUCUUUUGUAACAUUUAAAGAACAUGCUAAUGUGCUAUGGUUGACCGAGAUUGGAUGUGUUUGUGCUGUCUGCAUACGCUAAUGUGCUAUGCUUGACUGAGAUUGGAUGCAUUGCUUCUGUCAGCGUAUGCUAAUGCGCUAUGCUUGACUGAGAUUGGAUGCAUCGGUGCUGUCAAGACACAUUUGUAGCUGAAAUGGGCAAACUCGUAAGGCCACUCUAAAGAUUUACUUCAUGUAGCAGGAAACUAAAUGUUGUUUCACUAAGUAACUGGCCUAAUGAGGGAAGCAUUAAGUCAAUGAUAUGUUUGCUCAUUUUUGGGUUACAUGUGGCAUGAUGGUUACGGAAAUGUGGGGCUUUCAGUGUAGUCUCAGAUAGAUUAGAGGACAAUUUGCAUUUAUCAUCAUACUGCAUGUUAGAUAGUUGUCUUGGCAGGAAUAAGUAAACAAUGCUGGGUACUAGUUAACCUGAUCAGUUGCAAUACAUUUAUUUUUCUGUUUUUUAGUCAUAUGGGUGCUAACGAGGUCGAUAAGGACAUGGUACUUAUUAAUCCAGGCAAUCUGAUGAACCAAAUUUGGAAUCAUAAUCAUCUCUCCCUCUAAGAGGAGAUCAAGGAAAGAUAACAGCAAUGUGUACAAGAUAGAGUUCGAACCACUCUAGCGCACCGGCUAGACCCUCGGCUUCUUCUCGCUGUCUUCUCCCUGGGGUAGCUGGUCCCAAGCAUAUAUAUUAAUUGUCUCACAGAAAUAUUUCCCUACAUACCUGCAGCCAACAUCCCUCCAUAAACACAAAGCCUAUUCCCCAAACAUGACGUACAACCCUGUAAGUGAGGCUUAAUGCAAACUGAAUACAGGGUAUGGAUGUAACUGAUCUUACACCACUCUGUCACUUGUUUGCGUUUGGGUGGCUCAACACUCGCAUGAAUUGUCAGUGACAUAGUGAGAGCCGAUCACAUUUUUCUACUGGGGGAUGAGGCAGUGUAGUAAUUUCAUGGAAAUUAGAUGAGUUCCAUUUUAUUAGUUUUGCACUAAGCAUCUAAAUGCAUCUGACUGAAAGUCGAUCUUCGAAAGUGCCUCAUGUACAAAUUGGCUUGAAGGGUCAUUGAAGGUUAUCCCAGAAUUAUCCUCCCAGUCAGGAUGGGAGCUGAAAAAGCCAAAUACAAAUAUAACAUGAAAUUUUCUACUAAGCCAAAGCAGACCAGAGCAGAGCUUCUGUAAAUGCUUUGGAUUGGAGACGUUGUUCAGAUCCCAAACAGGGCUACUGUAUCUCCAGCACUGUACUCGACAUCCAAACCUACUCCAUGGUUCAUAAGAGUAAAAACUGAAUAAAUGGAGCAUCUUACUGAAUAUAGCCAUUCUAGAUGUGAUUUCAGUAAAUCUACCUACUGUAUACACAACUAUUCAAUGAGUAAAGAAGUACUACAAAAUGUAUCAUUGUGUGUAGAAACUUUCGUUAAAAGAAAAAUACAUUUAUAAUAAAACCAGGAAUUCAGUAUGCUUUUUGCAUCUGUCCAUACACAUAUUAUUAAUUCAUUUCCCCGCUAAAGAGCAGAAGAUUAGGGGAACAAUCGCUUCCAGUGCUUGACCCUGUAAUGUCCUUACCCAUCAUGCUACCUGGGGCUUUGUCUGCCUACUGCCCGGCCCACACCUUCUAUUGCUAUAUUUAGCCAGUGCUGAAGCAACAUCUUUCCUUACAUGUAUUAUUUUGUAGCAAUGUUUACCGCUGCAGUUCUGCUCCCCGUUUAGUGGCUUUCCUCCAUUGCUUGGGUUCGCCAGCUCCUAAUCAACACAUCAGCACCAGGGGUCUGUGUGAGGCCGGGACCAUCUGCCACCCUUCAUAUUGCAUUCCAACACCCUGGAAUGAACAGUUAUCUUUACCCCCAUUACCUUCUUGUACUUUUGAAAAAUGUGUAAGUAUUUGCAUCUUUUGUACAUACUUAUCUGUAAUCAUUCUGUUAUCGGUAAUUAUUCCUGUAAGAAUAUUCAUGGAGUUCAGCGGCAUAAGAUUCUUACAAUGGGCUCCUGUGCAAGAUCUAUUUAUUUAUUUAUUUACUUAUUUUACUCUGAGUAAGACUGAGUAACGAGUUCCAGGGUUAAAAAGCGGACUAACAUAAACCCUAUUACAUAAAAAAUUUGAGUUUAAUAUAAUGGUUUGUAAUAACGAAUGCACUCACUACGCUUGUGGAAAGCUACAGUACUGUAUGUAGCAACUUUUAUUGUCACCAUAUUAUUAUUAUUGGUAACAAUAAUAAUCCAAGGUGGAUGGUGUAGCAGAUACUGAUCUAGCAGCGGAGAGGCUACAACAGGAUCUGGAUUUAAUUAGCGACUGAGCUGAUACCUGGCAGAUGAAAUUUAACAUAGAUAAAUAAGGUAAUCCAUGCACGGAGCAGAAAUAUAAAGUACAGAUACUUUAUGGGUUCCACUGAAAUAAAGGUAGCUGAUUAUGAGAAAAACCUUGGUGUGUAUGUUGAUGCUUCCAUAUCCCACUCUCGCCAGUGUGGGGAAACAAUAAAAAUGGCCAAUAGGAUGUUGGAUUACAUCUCUAGGUGCAUGGAGUUUAAGACAAAGGGAGUGGUGCUACGAUUAUAUAAUUCUUUGAUAAGACCCCACCUAGAAUAUUGUGUGCAAGUUUGGUCACCAUACCUUAAGAAGGACAUUGCUGUCUUGGAAAAGGUGCAACGUAGGGCGAUGAGAAUGAUUCCUGGUCUUAGAGGAAUGUCUUAUGAGGAGAGGUUAGCUGAGCUGAAUCUGUUUAACCUCAAGCAAAGGAGACUAAGGGGGAACAUGAUCCAGGUACAUAAGACUCUAACAGGUCUGGAUGCUGUUCAGCCAAAUAGCUAUUUCAAUAUUAGUUUAAAUACUUGAACUUGUGGCCAUAAGUGGAAAUUAGCGGGAGAACAUUUAAAAAGGAAUUUGAGAAAACACUUCUUUACACAGCGUAUAAUUAGAGUAUGGAAUAGUCUUCCUGCUAGUGUAGCGCAAGCUAAAACCCUGGGUUCCUUUAAAUCAGAGCUAGAUAAGAUUUUAACAACUCUGAGCUAUUAGUUAAGUUCUCCCCAAAGAGCUUGAUGGGCCGAAUGGCUUCCUCUUGUUUGUACAUUUCUUACGUUCUUAUUAUCCAUCCAUCCAUUUUCCAAGCUUAUCCUACUGGGUCGCGGGGGGUCCGGAGCCUAUCCCGGAAGCAAUGGGCACGAACAACCCAGGAUGGGGGGCCAGCCCAUUGCAGGCCACAUUCACACACCAUUCACUCACACAUGCAUACCUACGGGAAAUUUAGCAACUCCAAUUAGCCUCAGCAUGUCUUUGGACUGUGGGGGGAAACCGGAGUACCCAGAGGAAACCCCACGACGACAUGGGGAGAACAUGCAAACUCCACACACAUGUGACCCAGGUGGAGACUCGAACCCGGGUCCCAGAGGUGUGAGGCAACAGUGCUAACCACUGCACCACCAUGCGGCCCCUUGUUCUUAUCAUCUACUGUAUUAUUACAGAAAGGUAAAGUACAUAUUACAGAUGCUCCUGUACUUACAAACGAGUUACAUUACGAAUGGCCGUUCGUAAUUUGGAAUGUUCGUAAGUCAUUAUUCAACAUCAUUUUAAGGGUAUACGCAAGUACAAAGAAGUAGGAUGCUGGGAGUAUGCACGCUACGCUGCUGCGCGGCAGGAGUAGCGGCCAGAAGUCAUACUAGGCGGAAUUGGUGCGCAAAAAAGAAAAUUGAUGUUGCGGACAGGAAACGGGAGCCCAAUGAACACAAUUUAGACUUACAGUCCUCUUCGUUUGUAUGUCUGAAAGUUCUUAAUUUGAAAGUUCGUAAGUAGAGGAGCAUCUGUAUAAGGUAAAAUGUAUACUAUAAAAUAAAACAAACUUUUGACUAGCUGAUGUUAAAUAAGUGUCCUGUGUGCCGGUUCUGAGUUACCUACCAAUUCAAUUUAAAACCAGACUUAGGGAAUGGAAUCGUAACUGGGGUGAUUCCUGCAUAUCCUUUGAUUUCCGCCGGUUUAUAAUGCAAUGUAACGUGCUUUGGUAAUUUAAACUAGGCUCAUCAACCCUCUGUGGGGCUCCUGUUUUUGUGGGGCCCCUGUUUCUGUGGGGCCCCUUUUUCUGUGGGGCCCCUGUUUCUGUGGGUCCCUGUUUCUGUGGGGCCCCUUUUUCUGUGGGGCUCCUGUUUCUGUGGGGCCCCUGUUUCUGUGGGUCCCUGUUUCUGUGGGGCCCCUGUUUCUGUGGGUCCCUGUUUCUGUGGGGCCCCUUUUUCUGUGGGGCCCCUUUUUCUGUGGGGCCCCUGUUUCUGUGGGGCCCCUGACUGCACUGUCAAUAAUUCCAACAGGGAGGGAGCUGCUUGGUCACUUUCACAAAAGGGAUCAAGGAAUCAGUUUCAGUUGGAAUCAGUUUCAGUUGGAAUCAGUUUCAGUUGGAAUCAGUUUCAGUUGGAAUCAGUUUCAGUUGUUCUGCAAUCGAUAUUUUAUUUUUGUUGCCUCUCUUAUUCUUGUUUACAGAAACAUGAUUGAAAAAACAAAACCCAACUGCUCUGCAUCUUGUAGCGAGCAUUAGACCCAGAAGGGCACAGACAAAUGCCCCUUGAGUGAAGGGUUUAUUGAGAGACUGAGGAAUCACUUCACAAAAGGGGUCUGUUACGAGGCGACGGUCCGUUCAGGGUGUUCAACCUCCAGUUUCCAUUUUCCAGGGCGGUAGUCUUCAAUAUCCUCCAGUAUCCCUUCUCUUUAUCCACUAGCUUCAUCCCAGUGUAGGCUUUAAGCCCUGCAAGCUGGCUUUUAACAUCGACAAUGUGCAAGUAAAAGCCUGAAAUUAAAAGGAAUUUAGUGCACACUAUUCCUCAAUGCUUUUAAUCAAGUCGGCUCAGGUGGAUGCAUAUUUCUUCAUUUAUCUUCUCAAUAGUUUUAAGUAACUCUCAACUCGAGUCUUUGUGUGACAUUGUGUGCUGGUUUUCAGUUUACCUGAGCACUUAAGUCUUUGUCUGAAUAGAUUAGGUUCCUUAACGCAAUCAAUUUAUUCUACUCACUCAGUACUCAGCUUUGUAAUUAGACAUUCACCCUGACCUGCCUAGAUCAGUAUUGAGGGUCAUUGGUUUACGAUAGUUGUUAGGUCUGCUUCUGAGACAAACUAAAGGUAAUUGAAGGUCACCUAUUCAUCUGAACUGUGUAUCUUUGGACUGUGGAAGAAAAUCAACAGGAGCACUUCCAUUUCAGCCCAAGACCACAGCUCCGCAAGAGUCACGUUUACAUAAAGGGCCCACGUGUUUCCAUGGCGACUGCAGGCAGCAUGAUGACCUCAUCGGAAUGUUCAGUUGAGUGCGUUCUUUUGUCUUUUACAUUCAAUCCCCAUAAAAACCCUAGUUGUAAGCUCUGUGCUUUUCACUUUUCUGAUUGGGAUUCAGAAAGUGCAAGGUUAUUUACAACCAACUCAAAGGGACUGCUUCUUGAACAAGUGAUUGCUCUCUCUUGCCGUCGAAACGCAGCCAAUCCGUUGUGAUGUCGGGCAGAAUGUUAUUUUUGCAUCUGGGUGGCUUUCUUCGAAGAUGCCACAGUAAUUUGUAAUACAAUUAAACAUCCCACCCAAACAUGAGGGCACAUCUGAAAGCCGUUAAUAACCUUGAUGACAUCAGAUCCACUGGGCAAAAUUCCUUCCAGAGAAUUCUGUCUCCAUAGUUAUGCGUACACAUGGCUGUCUGAUGAAUAUUUUCGUUAUUGCUAUCAAUCCCAAUGCACAGAAGUGUAGAAAACGACCAUUCUAUCCAUAAUAAAUUACCAAGAUAUAUAAAAAGACAGGGAAAACAAUGAGGUCAUUAACUGCAUGCAUAUGAUAACCCCAGACAUGCUCACAAAAGGAUUAUGUGAUAGAAUCAGCUUGGUGGCAACUUCACUUAUUUUAUAGCUGAUCACACAAUGCAUUCAUGAUAAUUAUAUCGAAAAUACAAAUAACUUGUGUUCACUUGAGUACGUUGAAAUUAUACUUCAAGUGAUGGUGUCAUGGUGCGUGUGAAAUAUAAUGUACACAUCCUAAGUACCAGGGACAUAUGAACCGGGGGCGGGGGCUGUCCCCCCAAUAUUUCAUUAGGCUUCAUUAUCCCCCAAUAAAAUGACCUUUGCCGUUUAAAUGAUUACGUUGCGCUCCCCCAAUAUCAAGCUCUCUCCUACGCCAUUGCUAUGCAGAGACUUUGGCACAAGAGAUGCAAAAGAUCGUCUAUAAGCAGAGGCCCAUCAGCAAAACCCAUGGAUUAAUUCCCCGAAUUCUGUUGCUCACUUGGCUCAGCUUGCUAAACGGAAUCGGGGCAGGCUCCUGCAGCAACAAAACAAGCCGAAGCAGUAAACAUUUUCAUACCAGUGCCGUAAUUACAUUUUAGAAAUCACUGAACUUCUGUUGCCAUGGAGAUUAUAACGAGCAACAAACAAAAGUAAAAACGGGAAAAAAAUUUUUUAAAAAACUGGGACGACUUCUCAUGGCAUGCAGCAACUCCUGAAAAGCGUCUGUUCUUCUUGGCCGCCAUUGGACUUGCCUUCACUGAACUAGCAUGACAGCGCAUUCAACAGUUGCACUGGCCCGGCUUGGACAGCAGCUCCUGACGCUUAUGCCUUAAACGAGUAUUAAUCAAGUCCAGCUACAGCUCCAUCUACUACCUAUUUUUCUGGUUUCCUCACUCCAUUGAUCCAUCUUCUAAGCACCCGAAGCCCCACCACAGAUACAGCACAUGAUACAAGCUGCUUGUAGGCCACGAUGCCAGUCCAUCACAGAGCACAUACCUGCCUACGUUCACAAACUAUGACUGCAGAUAGAAAGCAAUGUAGCCAGAGCAACCCAGAAGGAGGAGAUACAAACUCGACAGAGUGGCGCAAGUCCUUAAUGUUUAUUAAACUAAAAGCAAUGAUUCCAAAACCCUCAACACACUACACUUCUCACUUUCAUCCAUGCUUGGAUUUGCAGAAGUGUUUCAUUUAAACAUUUAGUCCCAAAGCUGUGACAUAAAGCCUUCACUGAGGUACAAAUAGUUAACUCCACCAUUUGGGUAUUUGGAGAAAACAUUUGAACGUGGAGGAAUAAAUGCCAAAACAAAGCCAGCUAAGGACAUCAACAAAACUUUAGCACGUUCCACAGAAUUUAAUAACUGCAAUCAGCUACAUAGAGAUGCACUGUGCCAUUAACAGUCUCCUGCCUAAAGAUAUGUUCUGGAUUUGGCUCCCUCUAAUGGACAAUUGGUAGUAUUUUUAUAGAUUUAAAGCGAUAUGAAACCCCACAGCUUAGGAACUGGAAAGCAUCUAACUGCAUAAUAGCAAGCCUUCAGGCAAAAUUGCCCAUAGUUUUCUAUAAUUUAUGGACUUGCAGAAGCACCUCUCCUACCAGAAUCCUCAACAUGGGCGUCCCACAGGGCAGUGUGCUGAGAAUCUGUUAUACUUACUGCCUACUCUUGACAAGGAGGCCAGAGACGUCCCCAACACCAACGUCAAGUUUGCUGACGACAACACCAUCCUAGGCUUAAUCACCAAUGGCAAUGAGACAGCCCACAGGGAGGAGGCCAGGCUACCGACAGAGAGGUGCCAGGAAAACAAACUCUUCUUAAACAUCAGCGAGACUAAGCAGCUGAUCACUGGCUUUUGAAAGCUAACGCCUCCUCACACUUCCAUCCAAAUUGGUGGGGUUGCCGUAAAAGGGGCUGAAGAGCUUCAGUUUCCCGGGAGUCACCAUCACUGACAACAGCCUUGGUUGGUCACCCCACUCCUCAGACAUCUGAGGAAGGUCUGAAUGUCACCAGAUGUGCUAACCACCUUUUUUUUUUUUUUUUUUUUUUUUUUACAGAUGCACUACAGAGUCCAUUCUCACGCAUUGCAUAACAUUCCGGUGUCACAGAAUCUCAGCACAUGACUGCAUUGCACUGCAAAAAGAGCUUAAGAACACUUAGAGCAUUACCGGCACGUACCUCACAGCAGACCAAGACAUACACACCACAUGCUGCCUUGGAAAGGUCAGAACAUACCAUCAUAGGUGCCAAUCAUUCUGAAAGGGCGCCUUUCUCCAUCAUCCCUCCUCCUUUCUGGCAGAGGGUACAGGAUGAUAUACAAGCACUCUAUCCACAACACUUGCAAUAAAUGAAUGCUAAUUACACACUGAAUAUGUCACUGUUGCCCUGAUUCUACCCUUAAGACAUCUCUUGCACAUGAAAUUUCUUUUGUUUUGUAUGUGCUAAUUGUGCAUGCUUAUGAGUUUUUUGUAUACGGUGUUGUGAUCCUGUGCUAUUUGUUAUUUAUUGUUGUUGGAAGCAUUUAUUGUUUUGUGCUUUGUAUUUUAGUUUGAGUUUACUGUCUUGCAUUUAUCUGGCAUGUUCCUAUUCUGCUAUCCACACAAUUACACAUAGCAAUAAAACACCUUGAACCCUGAA